AUGAAAUUCUGGGUUCUGUUGCUACUGGCGGUCCUUGCUGUUGCUGUGGAUUCGUGCAAGACCGACCGCCGCUGCCCGAAGGGAAAUUACUGUGAACAAAAUGGCCAGACUCUCGAGGGGCGCUGCGAGCUACUAGAAAGCGGCCGGUGCGUGAACAAGGACGACUGCCCUCCGCAUUUGGGUAAAUGUCUCCUACGUGAGGAGGGGAAACCCGGGAUGUGCUUG